AUGGACCUUGUAGAUGACUAUUUAGAUUUUGGUCGCACCCUUUAUGUAGAUAAUUGGUACACUAGUAUUUCCUUAGUACAUCAACUUAUUGAACGAAAGACAUAUUUGGUUGGAACACUUCGUUCAAAUAGAAACUAUAACCCUGACUAUGUAAUCAAAAAAAAAAAAAAAAUAAAAAAGGAUCAAGUAAUAGCUCAAAAAAGUUCAUCUAAAAUUAUGGUAUUAAAAUUUAAAGAGAAAAGAGAUCUACAUAUGUUGAGCACAAAACAUACAGAUAAUAUGGUAAUAGUUCCAAGAAAAGGAGAAAAUAAAUUGAAGCCAGAAGUAGUACUAGAUUAUAAUAGAGGUAAGUCUUUUAUUGAUUUUUCUGAUCAAAUGGCUUCAUACGGUUCACCUCUAAGAAAAUCAUUAAAAUGGUAUCAUAAAGUGAUAUUUGAAUUUCUUCUGAAUACAUCUGUUGUAAAUGCAUUAUGUUUGUUUCAAAAAACAACUGCAACAAACAUUAAGAUUACUGAUUUUAGAUCAAAUUUGAUUAAAUGUCUGACAUUCAAACCCAAUAUAAAUCAAGAAAUAACAAACAAACAUGUACUCACAACUGCCUCAAGAAACAGAUGUGUCCAAUGUUACUUUAAUAUUGCUCAAGAAAAAGGAAGAAAGUAUUCUCAAAGUCAUUUAUUGCCUACAGAUCUAAAAAUUAUGAACAUGGGAGAACAUAUCGCUAUUAGAAACCAUUUGAUGGACCACAACUAUAUUUUGCCUGAUGGGUUUGAAAAUAAUGUUGAGGAAGUAGGUGUAUCAUCGGAUUAA